CUUUAUCUUUUGUGCGCGUUCGCGCAUUUCCUCGAGGCGCGCACAGGAUGGAAGUGCGCGCGCGCUUGGCACGGAGCCGCGCACUCCAGCCCAUACCCGUAGUAAAGCAAAGCUCCAAACUAGACAUGGCGGCGGAUCCUCAGCCGGACUGGCUCUCCUGCCUUCCCUCUUCUUGGAGUUAUGGGGUGACUCGGGAUGGACGCAUAUUCUUCAUUAACGAAGAAGCAAAGAGUACAACCUGGUUGCAUCCAGUCACAGGAGAAGCUGUCAUCACGGGGCACAGAAAAACCCCAGAUUUACCAACAGGAUGGGAGGAAGGAUAUACAUUUGAGGGAGCUCGCUGCUUCAUCAACCACAAUGAGCGAAAGGUGACCUGUAAGCACCCGGUGUCAGGGUUCCCCUCACAAGACAACUGCAUCUUUGUGGUUAAUGAACAUGUGAAUUGUGGAAAGUUUGUCCACCCUGAGAAACCUGUAGAGGCUGUCACCAGAUCGGCUCCCAAGUCUUCGUCGGAACAGGGAAGCAGCAGUGACAAGAAGGAGCGUCCUAUGAGUACCAUGAGUGAAGCGUCAAACUACACGGGUGGCUCCGAUUACAGCACCUUCACUGGCAGCCCAGCCACCACAGUCACUACUGCCAUUACCACUUCCACCUCAUCUACACGGCCUUCUAGGUCUUCCAGAAAAGUCCACAACUUUGGCAAGAGGUCCAAUUCAAUCAAGAGAAACCCCAAUGCCCCAGUGGUGAAGAGCAGCUGGCUUUACAAACAGGACAGUACAGGCAUGAAGCUGUGGAAGAAGAGGUGGUUCGUUCUGUCUGACAUGUGCCUCUUCUACUACCGUGAUGAAAAAGAGGAUAGCAUCCUAGGAAGCAUCCUGUUGCCCAGUUUUCACAUAUCUAUGUUGUCGGUGGAUGACCACAUCAGCAGGAAAUAUGCCUUCAAGGCCACUCACCCCAACAUGCGGACAUAUUACUUCUGCACUGACACAGCCAAAGAGAUGGAGUCCUGGAUGAAAGUCAUGACAGAUGCUGCUCUCGUCCACACUGAACCAGUCAGAAGAGCGGACAAGUUGAAAGGGGACCAGCGGAGACCUCAAGAGCUGAACAACCUGCUGAACCACAGAGUCCUCACACGGCCCGAGAUCCAGAACAACGAACGCAAUCGAGAACCAGCGUGUCAACAUUCACUGUCGCAGGUCGACGACAAAUGGCAAAAAGAUGUUGUGAAACACAAUGACCAGAGGGAGCAAGAGUACUACACCUUACAGAGGGAGGGAGAAAGGUACUCUCUGAAGAAAGAGGGCGUGAGCUACAUGCUGCAGAAGGAUGGAGACAGGUAUCUCCUGCACAAGGAUGGAGAGAAGUACCUCCUGAGAAAGAAUGGGGAGAAAUACUCGCUGCAGAAAGAUGAAAAAGUGUACACCAUUCACAGAGAUCUGGAGAAGUGCGGCGUUCGUAAGACGGACGAUAAGCACGGGGUGACACCGGCAGAGGAAAAAUAUGCACCCUCCAAAGAUGGGGAGAAGUGUCUGCUCGCGAAAGACGGAGAAAAAUACGCCCUGCAGAAAGUAGGCGAUCGACACACACUCCAGAAAGAUGGAAAAAAGUGCCUCUCUCAAAAGGAGGUCAAGAGACAGCUGUCAUUAAAGGAAACUGAAAGGUUCAGCACAAUGAGGGAGAAGGAUAAUAAAUAUGGCACUAUACAAGUUAUGGACAAAUACAGCACUAUGAAAGAAAUUAAGAGAUACAGCUCGUUUCGAGAGGGGGAUAAAUACGCGACUCUGAGGGACGCAGAGAAAUAUGCUACGGUUUGUGAUGGGGAUAAAUACGGCUUUCAGAGAGAUCCAAGCACCGACAGGGCUCUGACUAAAAUCAACAGCAUCAAGCUACAACCAGCCCAAGCUGCUGCCAUCGCAGCUGCAGUGUCUGCGUCUCGUCAAAACCAGGCCAACAUCAGCGCCCAGAAACCUGCACAGGUCAGUGGCUCAGGGUGUGGAACAGGGGAGCAGCAAAGGGACUGCAGCCCCACAGAGGUGGAUGGCAACCUGGCCAGGGUUCCUGUAAAGUCUCCAGCUCCAGUCCAGGAGCCAGAAAAGGGUUUGUCCAGGACCAACUCCAUUCAGCAGCUGGAGCACUGGGUCCAUCCGCAAAGGAGAGGACUGGACAAUAACUCAAAGAGUGUUACAUCGUACCAGACUUUACCAAGAAACAUGCCCAGCCACCGUACUCAGAUUGUACCCCGCUACCCUCAGGGGUACCGCACGCUGCCCCGCAACAGCAUGAUGAGGCCUGAAAGCAUUUGCAGUGUGGCAGGCUCGGUAUAUGACCGGGCCCUCCAUCCAGCCUCCACGUCUGCUGUUAGCACAACAGAGAAGAGAAAAUCAAUGAGGGAUGACACAAUGUGGCAGCUCUAUGAGUGGCAGCAGAGGCAGGCCUUCUCCAGGCAAAGUCUGGCUCAGCCACCAGGUGUGGGUCAUUAUGGCACACUGCCCAGCAUUAAGACCAUGGGCAACAUCUCCCAACAUGCCGUGGCACACUCCAUUCCCACUUCCCCAUCUCAUGGCUCUCUGGCUCUGUACAGCACAUUCUCCCCUUCUCGUCAGCAGGUUGCUCAAAAUCAUAGUAGCUCCCACUCUGAGGUUUCUUCGCCCAUAUUGAGGGGGGAUGUGACUCUUGACCGCCGGCACAGGACACACCUUGCGAAGUACGGAUACACACCUGAUCGACGAUCCAUUGCAGUUGGCAUCCCAUCUCAGACUAUCACUCCACAGUCUCUGCAAGGCAAGACGCCGGAGGAGCUGACACUGCUGCUCAUCAAGCUUCGCCGGCAGCAGGCGGAGCUCAACAGCCUGCGGGAACACACAGUAGCUCAGCUAAUGGCCGUUGGUAUGGAAGGGCACAACGCAAAGACUGAUGUUCUCUUCCAUCAUCUCCAGAGGAACCUUAUAUACCUGGAAAGUCAGACGAAGGAGAAUGAGCCUCUAAUCUUCAUGAUUCACACUAUGAUUGAGAACUCUGCACCAAGGCCACAACUCUACCAGCAAACGAGUUCAGAUGACUACAAAGACAGCUCCUUCAUCCAGCGCCCAGAGGAGGCUGACAUAGAUACCAAGCUGAGCAGACUGUGUGAGCAGGACAAAGCAGUGAGGAUGCAGGAGGAGAAACUGCAGCAGCUACACAGAGAGAAGCACACUCUGGAGACAGCGCUGCUGUCUGCCAGUCAGGAGCUGAGUGAACAGAGUGACUCAAAUGCUGCAGCCACACAGAGCCUGGUCCAACAGAGAGACGUGCUGCAAAAUGGCCUGCUCAGCACCUGCAGGGAGCUGUCCCGAGUCAGCACUGAGCUAGAGUGCUCCUGGAGGGAGUACGACCUACUGGAAGCAGAUGUUACUCUGGCCAAAUCCAACCUACUGGAACAGCUGGAGGCCCUGGGCAGCCCACAGACAGAGCCUCCAAGUCAGCGGCACAUUCAGAUCCAGAAAGAGCUGUGGAGGAUCCAGGAUGUGAUGGAGGCGCUGUCCAAGAACAAACCCCAGCGGAGCACAAAUAGCAGUUUUCUUGGUUCAAAGCCGCUCUCCAUUCAGCAGAAGAAUGAGGCAGUCACUCAGCCACUAAGUCCUCCCAAGGAGGGCAACAGCGUACCCCCCGCCCGCCUCUCCCCCAGUACUACGACUCAUCAGACCGCCCCCUCAAGUGCCCCCCACCACUCACACCGUGGUGGCCCUAUGCCCUCCCACAUUUAUCGUCCUGAAGACCGCAAAACCGGCACCAGGAAUGGAGCACACAGUCAAGCUCCAGAUUACCGGCUAUAUAAGAGCGAGCCCGAGCUGACCACGGUGAACGAGGAAGUGGACGAGGCCAAUGGUGAAGAGAAGGACAAGGCUGAGACUGAAAGUAAAGACAGUGCAUCAUCCAAAGUGUCCCCGUACCGAGUGGGUGUCAUCCCCCCCAGGACCAAAUCCCCAAUGAGCCCUGCCGAGUCCUCCACUAUUGCCUCCUACGUUACCCUGAGGAAGACCAAGAAACCUGAAUCCAGAUCUGAUCGUCCCAAAAGUGCAGUGGCUCAAAUAGGAUUUGGGGAGAGAGAGGUGGGCAGAACAAAGAUGAGUGUAGAGGAGCAACUGGAGCGACUAAGAAGAAAUCAGGAGGCCUUGACGCUCCGUGAGAAAAAGAAAGAAACCCCAACACGGUCACCGUCCUUCAGCAAAGACAAUCCAUUUCUUAUUCUGCAGAGUCAUAUCCCAGCAGGGAUUGGAGCCGGUGCAGACCCUUUGGAGCUGGAGGCUGCACUGCAGCAGCUGAAGGUGGAGCACAAGGAGCAGAGCAGAGCUUCUGUUGACGCUGCAGGAAACUGCACAGAAAGAACGCUGACUGUUGCAAAGGAGAUGGACACAGCAGAGGAGGUGAAAAAUGGCAAAUGUGAGGAAGUAAAGCAAGACGGGAACACGGGCCUGAAGAGUGUGGAAGAGCCACAGGUUACGAUGGGCAGAUUAGAACAUGAGCUGUGUGAGAGUCAAAAGGUGGUGAUCCUGGACUUGGGCACGAAGCCUCAGCGGGUGGAGAUUGUGAACCUUGAGCCCUUUGAGGAUGAUGAAAGCCAAGAGCAAGAUCUGACCAGCUCACCUACAAAUGCCACCACUGAAAACAGCUUCCAGAUUGUUGAGCCUGAGACUCCAAGCCCUGAGCCCGAGGUCGAAGAGAUGACACAACCGUCGAGGGGAGAUAAGAACCUCGGGAAGAGCUUGGAUUCAUACAACCAGCUGACAGCAGACAACAAAAAACACAACAGUAUUUUGGCAUACGUUCACUUCGGUGAGCAGUGACACGUGAGCAAUGGCGGCCUGGACAUCCUCACUGGCGUCCCAUUGAGCUCAAAUGUAGCCAGCCUGCACAGAGCAUGCUCCAUGGCUUCCUGCAUUUACAACAAAAUCUGUUGGCACUAGUGUUACGUGCCAAUACAGAGAUGGAGACUGAGAGGAUGAUGAUUCAGACUGACCGACACCUAGACGACCAGCCAUCAUAUUCAAAGAGGCAGAUAUUCUGUAUCUUUAGCGCUCAUUUGAUCUGCCAGCACAUACUCUGUCCUUAAGCAAAACACAUUCUGUGGAGAUGUCAGCAUAUUCUAGGACUGUAAAAUGGUUUAGUUUAAAAAUGAUGUGGUUUAACUACAAAAUGCCUGAAUAAGCCCAGAAAUUGAUCACUGUAGUGUUACAAUAAAGCUUUGUUCAGCGUUCGAACAGCUGUGAUAAUAUGAUUAAAAGCAAAAUGCAAUUCCAACUCCAAAGUUAAAGUACAAGUUAUUAAAUGUUUAAAGAUUAACUUUGAUUGAAUUCAGUUUUAUUUACAUUCCACCAAAUCACAACAGUCACCUCAUGUACUGUAUAUAGGAAAGUAAGGACCGUAUAAUAAUAAAAGAGAGACAACCACAAAAAUCAAGUGAGCCCCUUUGAGCAAGCACUUGGCGACAGCGGAAAGGAAAAACUCCCCUUUAACAGGAACAAACUUCCAGCAGAACCAGUAUCAGGGAGUUACAGCCAUUUGCCUCGACUGGUUGGUGAUGGGAGGAAGACGGGAUAAAGAGAGCCAGAGAUAAUAAUUAUUACUAAGGAUUAAAUGCAGAGAGGUGUAUAAACACAGAGUGAAGAAAAAAACCUUCACUCUCUACACUUUUCAGAAAGUUUAAGGAGUGUUAAAAUACAGGAGCAAACCUGGUCUCAGUUUUUAAUAAUGUUUCCCGCAUCAAAUUCAGUAUAUUGAAAACACUGCAUUUCUCAGAUUUAAUGUUUGAUAUGUUGCCUUUGUACUAUUUUUUAAUUGAAUAAGGCUUUAACCUCCUAAGACCCAAACUCUUCCACGGCAUGCAUUUUUAAUUUCUCUUUGAUAUUUGGUCACAUUGGGACCCGAUGAAUGUAAAAAUGAAGAAUUGCCAGAUUUUUUUUUUUUUUUUACCUGAUUUUUGUUUCUAAAAAUUAGAUCCACAUAUGAGGAUAUUCGUUUAUAAUUUCAAUAGAACAGUAGCAGUAUAAUGUCCUCGCAAGUGGAUAUCAGGCCCUUGUAAAGCAAAAUUGAAUAUUUUGGUCUAAAUGACCCAAAAUGUGAUGUCCACAUAUGUGGACGCCAGGUCCUAGGAGGUUAAAUAAUCAAACAAGUCAAAUUACAUUUUACACAGUGUCCCUGCUUUUUUGGGAAUGUGUUGUAAACAGGGAGGAGUUAACCAGCAACCAGGUGACCAAACUUUAGUAUCCUGCGGUUAUCAUAGCUAAUACCUCAAUAGCAAACAAGAUGAAAGGGAAAGGUUUCCUCUUUAAGGGCCUUUUCCAGGCAGGAUGUAGCCACUGCUCUGGUGUAGAUACUUCUGAGUAGCCCUGAAACACAGAGUGGAGCCUGAUGCUGACUGGAAAGGAUUUAGACCUCACAGGAGACGGAUAGUGUCCAGUCACUGCAGGAUGGUGUCUAUGCUGUUUUAUGGACCAUGUAAUUUAGUUAGCUUCAUAAAAUUUGGAUGGUUUACUGAUAAUGGCUUUGUAAUCUGUGGCACAUAAGCAAUCCAAAGCAUUUCCAUGAUCCAAAGGCCCACAUAUAGCAGAGUAACAAAACCGUUCAUCUUGUAAAUGGAAAUUAUGAUAUGUGGCUCCUUCCUAACCUCAGGACAAAUGGCCAGUCCUAACGUAAAGUGUUUGUAAAUGUCUUUGGAAAUAGCUGCAUAAAUCCCUCUAAUCUAGACUCAGACAGAUGUAGUGUAAGGGGGUGAUGGAGAAACCAGUGGACUGUUCUGUUUAGUCUGAGGUUGGCACUAACCUGAUGACCCAAGUGAAGGUUUUCAAGUAUCUGAAGGGUGUACUCCUGAGUGAGGGGAAACUAAGCUGACAGGCAGAUUGGACUGGACAUUCACUUGAAGGGUUAAGCCUUUAAUUUAGUCAUGAGUUUUGACAUCAAGCCCAUCCAUAUAUAUAAAUAGUUUAUUUGGCUGAGUUCAGGUGACGUGAUAUUUUGCAGUUGCUCACUGUAUUGUGCCUUUUCGUGUUCAUUCGUGUUUCGGAGCGAGAGGCAGUGGAACAUUUGACCCCAUUUACCAACCCGGUGAUGUUCAAAUCUUCGCCUAUGCCUCAACCUUCUGAAACAUAAACUCAGAUUAUUCACUUUAACCAUUUUUUAAAGAUUAUACCACUUAUCUGGUAAAGGUAAAAGGAAAAAAAUCUGAAAACCUAAUCUUUUCCUCCCAUUUGUUAUGCUACAGCCAUGUGCUGCCACUAAGGGAGCGUGUUGUUUUUCUCCAAAACACCAUGUAGGAAUAUUUCUGGGCAGGCAAGAAUCCGAGCUAAACCAUUGUACAGUCUCAGUUUUAUGUGUGACUUGUUUUGGAUAUAAUGUAGCCUCAUAAAACUGUGUUGCCAAAUACAUACACAUGUACAGAGCUUUUGAUACCUUACUAAGUGCUAAAGUCAUCCUAACAUAACUAUUAAAAUAACAGUUAUCUAUAGUUCUGGUGGAUGGGAUAUUAGCUGUCCUGAGUUGCUAGAGAUGAGUGUACAGCUGUAUAUAUGAGCAUCUGAGAAGCCUCAUCACAGAUGGCACGGCACCAAACGACACAGACGCAGUGCUUUACUUUAACCCCAAGUGGCCGCUAAUCUUUAACCUGCUUGGAUCUGGAUCCUUUGGUUGAUUUCAAACUGAAGGGAUCCCAUUUCACAUCUUUUACACCUGCAAAAUAACAGAUUUGCCUUCAUUUUAAUAUAAGUAUAUCCAUAUAUGCAUAUAAAGCUGUUUUUUGUUUUUUUUUAUUUCAACAAGGUGCCACAUCAUGCUGCUGUUUUUUUUUCCUUUUUUUACAGAUUAAAGUAUGAAUUUAGGAUUAUUUAUGUUGAGCAGAUGGUUUGAAUACCCUGACGUGCUUGCAAAGCCACACAUAAUAUGCGAAUGAGUUGAAUUUGAAGUCUGCUUUCUCACUUUGUGUCUCUCUUUGUUUUUCCUCACUUUGGUUUGUAUCAGUUAGUAAAUACGCAUAAAAAGGAUCCUUAGUUCGACUCUGUCCUAGGUGGUGGAAACUCAGAAAAUGGCACAUGUACAAAGCAAUAAAUAGGUCUUUGAAGCCCCAGGACAUUAAAAAAAUUAAGAGAUAAAUAAACUGUAAAAAAAAAUUAAGACAAGAUAGAAAAAUGUAUGUACACAGUGAAAAAAGAAGAGUGAAUAUUAUAACUAUAAGAAAUUAUUAUUAAUAUUAGAGUCAAUAUGCAAAACAUAUCUCAUCUGUUUUAUAUCAUGUGAAAUAAAUGUUGAUGUUCUUAAAACA